AUGUUUUAUUCGCAGUUUAUAUUAGCGAAAAAGGGUCCGUUAGGGGUGAUAUGGAUCGCGGUGCAUCUCGAGAGGAAGCUUAGGAAAAAUCAGGUUGCUGAUACUGAUAUUGGUGUCUCUGUAGAGUCAAUUCAGGAGGAGGUUGAAUCUGAAGAGGAACAGCUGGCCUCUGAAAUAGUGGAUGAGGUGAUUGAAGAAGUGGUCACUGCUGUGGCAAAUGAACUAAAGGAUCUACAAGUUUUUACAUUUAUUCGCGUUAUUUUCCAACUCUGUGAGGAAAUUCCUUGCAUCUCUGCGAUUGUUGUUGCGUUACUUUUUGAGCCAGAGCCAAAAAUCGAUUAUACAUUAAAAGCUGUUGGUGGAAGUUUAGCAGCCAUUCAUGGACUUUUUGACAUGAUAGAUGUUUACUUGAUGUGUUCAGGAUAUACUGUAAAAACAAUAGUGAAAGAUAUGCUUGAGUGGCCCCACAGGAUGGUUGUUCCCAUUCUACCUACGGAUACAAGUGAUCUUGAGCUAAAGCCACAUGGGCAACUCACACUAACAAUUGUGAAGGCAAAUAAUUUGAAAAACGUGGAACGUACACAUAUUAGCUAUGAGAUGGGAGGCAGACAUAUGCAGUCUUUGAUGAAUCAUGGUCCGAUCUUACCCAAGUUCUCUAUUCUAGAUAAAUUGGAGAAGCUAAAGGAAAGACAAGCAGCAAAAGAAAAGAAAGAGGUAAAAUGCGAGAAUGUUGCCCAGGAAGAGAAGUCUGAACAAAGUGAUGAAGAUAAAGUUGUUGAGAAAAUUAUGAUGAUGAAGACUGAUGUUGAAGAUGAUGUUGAUGAUGGAAACGAUGAUAUUGAUGGAGAUGGAGUGACGAAGUUGUUGUUGAUGAUGAAAGACGGCGGUGACCGAGGAGACCACCCGACGGCGGCGGUGGCGCUGAGUACCGUCAACAACAGCAACACAUUCAUCAUUGGCCAUCGGAACUACUCGUCGGAGCUCGGACCAGAGAGAGUGAACGUGUUGGCAGGUAUUCACCGGAGGGAGGGGGUGUUUUGA